AUGGACCAGAAGGUUCUGAAGAAACUAGUGGAAUCCAUCAGUAAUACUGUCAAGAGCUUAAAAAAAAGUGAAGUAGAGUGUCUCAUAAGAAUUUUUCACAGCUUGGUGGAAAGAGCUGUUGUAAGACUUGAUAACACUGGACUAGAUCAUAACACAUUUCGAGCCAUCCUGCACAGCAUAUUUGGAAUGACUGAUGAUAUGCUAAUGAAUAGGGUAUUUUUUGCAUUUGAGAAAGAUAACUACAUAAAUGUGAAAGAGUGUGUUAAAGGAUUAUCAGUGUUUUUUCGAGGGACUUUUGAAGAAAAGCUGAAGUUCUGUUUUGAAGCUUACUGUUUCAAUGGUGAUGGUUACAUUUCUCGAGAGAAAACGUUUGACAUGUUGAACAGUCUACACUAACAGUCACCUGAAGAAGAUACUGAUGAAGGAAUAAACGAGUUGGUGGAUAUAACACUGAAGAAAAUGGAUUAUGACAGCAAUGGCAAGAUAUCUUUUGCAGACUUUGAAAAAGCAGUGAAAGAAGAUAAACUUUUGUUGGAAGUGUUUGGACCAUGUUUACCAGAAGCAAAGGUACAGUGCCAGCAGCCAGACUGGUUGAGGGAAAAUUUCAAAGGAUCAGAAAAGAAAUACUUGCUAGACACUUACCUCUGUAGGACUUCAACACACUACUGA